AUGAGGUACUCUAUAAACUGGGCCACCCUGACAGGAGCCUGCGCCGUCAACUCGCGUCAGAUCGCCGAGCGGGCCCCCUUUUCCUUGAUUCUCAGAUGCGGGUUGAGAAAGCAGAUCGGAGCUCUACGGGACCGCGGCGCACCAUUUUCAAUCCCUCUGGCAGCGGCAGAGGUUGCACAACUGCCUAUCUCUCGGCCUCACUUGGUACUCGGCCCCAAGGCAGUACGCGUCCGUGUAGCAAGGACCUCUGAGUGUCGCGCUGUUGAGGACGAUGGCAGGGCAGUGGACUACAUAUCCCGCCCGGGCAAGGAUAUCGGCUUCCGCAGCCGCUCCCCCUGUCGGGGAGGCCACCACGACCGCGUAGCCCCCGAGGAGGGAGGCAAUGAAGGGGUAGAACAAAGUGGACCGCAUGGUUGA